CUCUUGCUGGGCUGCCAAAGAGCCGCGCGGUUCUUUCUUUCCUUGCCAACGAAACAGUACUUCUUAUUCGGGUCUUGUCUGUCGUUUAGGCGGGUUUUGAGCGCGUGCUAGUACCGCCGUUUGACCGGGGAGAGAGGGUGUGAUUUUUCCCUCAAAUUAUUUUUUCCGGUUUAUUUUUCCUGUAGGAAUUGCGUGAAUAUGGAGUGGAGAAGCCUACUUGUAUUAUUUUGCACUGCAACAGUAGCUCUCACCUUUCCAGCUCAAGAAACACAACUAGUGACAGAAAGCAAACCUGGGCAAGAAUAUGUUUUCGUACAAUCUUCGAGCUCAGGAGCCAGACCCAUAUCCAGAAAAGACAAGACUGAUGAAAAGCAGCAACACUUUGAAACUGCCCAUAAAAUACCUCCACGUCUGACCUUUGCGUUAAACGAUGCGGAAGAUGAAGAAGUACCAGUCAAACCAGUUAAAACUGCUGGAAAGAAAGUACACAAAAGACAGGCAGCCGAGUCGCCAGCUCCAGCACCACCAGGUGCCAUUAAGCUGAAUGUGGCUCAACUUCUAGAAAAAUACAAAAGUGUCAUGAAAACCACUGAAGCUCCUUCAACUACAACCACAACAACCACCACUAGACCAAGUAGAAGAAGAAUCAAAAACAGGAACAGAUCUAGAAGAGAUGCAACAACACCAAGCUCUGUAUUGACAACAGCAAAAAUAUCUCCAAAAAGUAUUGAUACUGACGUAGUCGGGUCUGCUAGUGAAAAACAGCGUUCCAGAAUUCAGAUUAAAAAAGGCCCAAAUGGACAAGACUAUGAAUACGAAUAUGUUUACUAUUACUAUGAUGACGAUGAAGAUGCCAAGGACAAAAAAAACAGCAAUGCCCAUGAUGGUCCAGCCAAAAACAGCAUUUCCAGGAACGAUAAACAAAGAGAAAAACAUACUCCAGAGGUCAACGAAGUGGUACCAUCGAGAAGCAAGUCCAGAAGUAGACAACUCGGCGAAGAAGAGUCUGUUCAAGAAGAAAGAUUACCUGCUAACACCAGACUUCGUAACACUUCCAGAUUUCCUCCAAGAAGUAGAAACUUGCAAACGACUCCUUUGCCCGAAGAAGAGGCCAAAUCCACUGUAGCUAGAGGAAGAGGAAGGGGAAGACCAGCUGGUGAAGGCUCAACUGCUGCGUCUGAAGAAGAUAAUGUUUCUGAUGAAACUCAAGGUUCAAGAGGUCGUACAAGAGCAAACGUCCGUCGGCCAUCGCUUGAACUGGUUGAUAGUGAAUCCUUUAACACGCACUCGGCCGCCCCAGCACCUUCGGCCGCCCAUUCGUCGCCCAAUUUUCCCGCCCAAUUGCCCGCUGGACCGGUACGUUUUUUGGGCGCCACUCCGAACGAAUUCUACGAUCUCCCAGAAGAACCAGCAGACAAACCAGCAACACCAAAAAUUUCAGCCGCAGUUGCAGAAGGAACUGACGAAACCUCCAAACCUGAAGAUUCAGAGUCCACAACAUCAGCUACUGGAAUGAACAAGAUUGCUUUGGACCUCUACGCCAUUUCCCAAGGAACCCAAAAACUCUUUGGUGAAGAAGGUUCAGAAUUGAGCACUGAAGAAGGCAACACUGAUGUUACAACCGUAGAUUCUUCAUCUACCGAGGAAAUCGAAUCCACUACUACAACUACUACCACAACGACCACAACAACAACCACUCCAGCUCCCACCACUAGAAAAACCACUACUACCACAACAACCACUGAAGCACCAACAAAAGCUAGUAGAUUUGGUGGUAGACGUUCUCCAUUAUCAGCAAGAAAAUCCUCCACAACCACCACAACAGAAGCACCACCUUCCACAGAAGCAAAACCAAAGAAAUUUGGAAGACCCAGUUUUGGAAAUAGAGCAAGAACCAAGACUACAGCAGCUCCAGCAGCAGUUGAAGAAGAAGUUAACAAAGAGGAAAGCAAAUCGGUCAGCCAAGCCAAGCCCACUAGGUCGAGAUUCGGCGGACCAAGAUCAAGAGUGCGUACCACCUCAGCUCCUUCAGAAUCAAAAGAAGACUCCAGCACUGCUGCUCCAGCUGGGGCUUCAAGUAGCAGACCUUCACUGCCCAGGGCGAGACCAGCAUUCAAUUCCUUAAGAACUAGAGGAAGAACCACUACAGCUGCACCAUCUUCUGAAGGAGAAACAUCUGCAGAUUCUGAAGCUAGCUCCUCGGAACCUAGCAGCACAACUGCCAGGCCUGGUAGGCGUAUUGCUGGAUCAAACGCUAAUAUUAAAGCAUUGAGGCCAGGACCAAGGCUCAAUCUAGUUGGCAGACGCGGCCAGAGUACCACAACAAGUACUGAAGCUGCGGCUCCAGAAACAGAAGAUCACGUUACUGGGGAUGAGGAUGGAUCUAAUGCUGAAGCUGCUAGUGAAAAGGAAGAAGCUCCAGCUCCAGUGGAUAAUAGCCCCUUAGGAAGGCUACGUAACAAAAGUCGCAUUAACAUCCAACCCAAAGCCAAAUCUGCAAGCGCAGCUAGUGCUAGUGCUCCAGUUCAAGUAAGAAGAGUCAAUCCUUUAUUGGCUAGAAGACGACCAGGCCAAACUACCGAGGCUCCAUCUAGCAGUGAGGCGCCUAGUAGUGAAGCUACUGUGCCUGAAGCUGAAGAAGAGACUGUCGAAACUGAGCCAUCUGCAAGUUCCAGCAGCAGUACCACAACAGAAGAACCUAGAGGAAUCAAUAAAUUGUUGGCCGGUAGAAGGCGCCUAGCCACCAGAACACCAGGCACUAUCAACCACAAAUAAAAAGGCUGAAUAUUGACUCAAUAAAAUAAAAUAACUUCAGCGCGCUGUGAAAUGCUACUGAUACAAAUCUAUAGCAACUUUGGAAAUUUAAGCAGAAAGCUGUAUUGUAAAUGUCCAGUCUAAGCACAAUAAUAUUCCAAUUAAAAUUUUUAGUGAUAAGUAGAUACUUAGUUUUAAAUAAAAACUAUGCAGGCCUGACGUAGAGUGCCAAUAAUAAUAGGGUACAGAAUGUAAAUUUGUGAAUUGAAAUUUACAUUUUGUAUUUUUAAAUUAAAAUAUUUUUUAAGGUUAUUUGAAAUUUAAAAUUGGUCGCUCAUAGGUUUGUGGUGACCAAUAUUAUAAUAUGUUAAGUGCUAGAAUAUGAUUUUUUUGUAAUUAUUUAUUAUUAUUUGGUUUUAUUUGUUAUUUUUUUACUCUGAAUUUGUAAAUAAAUAUUAAUAAACGAGAUAUAAAAUUAGGUCGAUAAUUCAGAAUUUUAUUUAAACAUAAUCCCAUUUGUGAACUAAUAACAUAGCAAAAUAAAUCCAUGCACUGCAUAAGACUUAAUGGAUACUUUCUUCAUUGGGGAAAAUCAGGGGAGAUAGAGAUAGGGCCGGAUUUUGUAAUGAAACACUUUCUUAAUGGUUUUAGAAACAUAUUUCACAUAAAAAAAAUAACCAUAUACUGGAAUGUACAUUAUUUUAACAAACGCUAUUAUAGAUCAUAUCUGGUAACAAUGAAAAACAUAAAGUUCUAUUAAUAAAUAAAUACUAAUAAAUCUAGCCGCAAAUAUUGAAAUAGACCUUUUAAACAAAUUAGAAAAUUAAGCAAAUAUCACAUAAUCAAAAUUAAAUUACUCAUAAGAAACAAAAUGUGACAAAUUUUAAUAUUUAUGAUAAACUCUUAAGUAUUUUCAUAAAAAAAUAUGUUUUAUAUUUCUUACAUUUUUUACUUUAAUGUAUACUCCCUCUUACCUUUCGGGGUGUUUUUACUAUUCUACUGUUGUCGUAUUGUUGAGCAGUUAUAUACAACAACACGCCGAUUAUCACUGUGAUGGUUCCCAAUCCACUCAACUGAGUCACUGGGUUGCCAAACAUGAAAAUUGACAUCCAGAUAAGGCAUGCACGUUUGGCAGUGUUU